CUUUUUUCGCAGCAGCAUCCAGCCCGGCCCAUCUCGCCGCCUCGCUCGUCUUCCUCCUUGCGCACGCCCGACAACUCCAGUAAACGCAAGCGCCGCCGCCGCCGCCGGUUGGUCUCCCCUUCGAUUCUCUCGCUCCCGACCGCUUCUCCUCUCCACCACCCCACGAACCGAGUCCUCCCUGUAGCUCCCUCCCCGUUUCAUCUCCUCAAUCUCCCGAAUUCGUAGCUGAGGCAAAAAUCAAGGUAGGGCGGCCGCCCUACCUUACCCUACUGCUGGGUCCUCCGCCCCACGACCAUGGCUUUCGCUGCUUACGGUGUCAGGGGACCUCUCAAGCUUGCCGUGGGUCAUGGUCCAUUUGCGCUGGCUAACAAUCACCUCUGCCGCGGUUGGAGGCCUCCGUCAUCUUACGCCGUUUCUCGGGCGUCGAGCGCUAAUAUCUCCAGUAAUGCAGUGCGGCACAUGGUCCGCCAUUCCCACUUGGUUGCCCCGAGUUCAGAAAGACGGCGGUCGAACACGAAAGCUUCAGCGGUGGAUGGUAGCAUCGUUGCUGAAGAGAGGAUAACUGUAUUGGUGAUUGGUGGUGGAGGAAGGGAGCAUGCGCUUUGUUAUGCUUUGAACCGCUCGCCUUCGUGUGAAUCAGUUUUAUGUGCCCCUGGUAAUGUUGGUAUUGCUCAAUCCGGAGACGCGACCUGUGUGUCGGACCUAGACAUCUCCUGUAGUGAUGAUGUUAUAUCGUUCUGCCACAAGAGGAGAGUUGGAAUGGUGGUAGUGGGCCCUGAAGCUCCUCUUGUUGCGGGUCUUGCAAAUGAUCUUGUCAAAGCUGGGAUACCAACCUUUGGUCCUUCAUCAGAGGCUGCAGCAUUAGAAGGAUCAAAAGACUUUAUGAAGAAGCUAUGUGAUAAGUAUAAUAUCCCAACCGCUAAGUAUCGCACUUUCAUGGAUCCUGUGGAAGCUAAACAAUAUGUCAAUGACCAAGGAGCCCCUAUUGUUGUUAAAGCUGACGGAUUGGCUGCUGGAAAGGGCGUAGUUGUUGCUAUGACUUUGGAUGAGGCAUUUGAAGCAAUAGACUGUAUGCUGGUUCAAGGGUCAUUUGGUUCUGCCGGUUCACAGGUCAUCAUUGAAGAGUUUCUAGAGGGUGAAGAAGCCUCUUUCUUUGCACUGGUAGAUGGUGAAAAUGCUUUGCAACUUGAAUCAGCACAGGAUCAUAAAAGGGUUGGUGAUGGUGAUGUUGGCCCUAACACAGGUGGUAUGGGUGCAUACUCCCCUGCACCAAUAGUGACAGAACAGCUUAAGCGCAUGGUCAUGGAAAGUAUAAUUAUUCCGACCGUUAAAGGUAUGGCAGCUGAAGGAUGCAAGUUUGUUGGUGUAUUAUAUGCUGGGCUUAUGAUAGAGAAGAAAUCUGGGCUACCUAAGCUUAUUGAAUACAAUGUGCGAUUUGGGGAUCCUGAAUGCCAGGUUCUGAUGAUGCGAUUAGAAUCCGAUCUCGCACAGGUUCUGCUAUCUGCAUGCAAAGGAGAAUUAGGCCAGGUUUCGCUAACCUGGUCGCCUGAAAUUGCAAUGGUGGUUGUGAUGGCAAGUGAAGGAUACCCCGGCUCUUACAAGAAGGGGACGAUAAUAAAAAACAUCAGCAAUGCUGAGCAGGUUUCUCCAGCUGUUAAGAUAUUUCAUGCUGGAACAGCUUUGGAUGGAGAUGGCAACCUUGUCGCUGUUGGAGGUCGAGUUCUCGGUGUCACUGCAAAGGGCAAGGACAUUGAAGAAGCACGGGAAAGAGCAUACGCUGCAGCAGAUGUUAUUGACUGGCCAGAAGGAUUCUUCAGGCAUGAUAUUGGUUGGAGGGCACUGAAACACAAGCAGAUUGCUAACUGAUGAUGAGGUUUUUCUGAAGCACCAAAACUACGGCGUGCUUGUGGUGUCAAGUGAAAUAAAGAGAUAUUAGUGUAACAGCGCUUCCGAAGCAUAACUGCUGGAGCAGUAGCAUGUUCAGAUUUGAGCAUAUUUUGAGCAUGGCGUGGUUAUUAACCUUCUUGUAGUGGUCUUGUAUUUUUCUGAAGGCAAAGUAUCUAACUCUUGAGGUGCAAUCAUGCAAUCAGCUAUUGGGAUGAACAUGACCAUAUGAACUCUGGGAAGCGUUCCUUAUCCUCAAUCAUGUUUACGAAUUUCCUGUUGAGUUAUUUAAUCGACUGGGUUAAGGACACAUCUGAUUCCAUUCAGUGACAUUAUACACAAACAGAGGUUCACGCCAAUGACCACAUAGCUGUACAAGGACCAACUUCACAGUGACCACUGAGCUGUAUAAGGGGUGAAAAGAUACAGCGAAUAGUUGAUACAAAAAUCCAGUAGACGACUCUGUUUGAGAACAACCGAGGAUGCCCAUCUCUAUUGCUAUUGGAGCAUUCCUUGGCAACAGUUCUCUCAGAGGUGAACAUAGCAUUCUCUCUUGCCAUUGCUAUUUUAAGAGGUUGGUGCUCCGACCAUUUGUCCCAA